AUGUCUCCAAGACUAUUUCAAGCAAAAACAAAAAAGGAAAACAAGCAUUUUUUCUCUUCUUUUCGAACAAACGAAAAAGGAGAACUAUGUGGUGUGUUCUUUUGUGAUGCAAAUUCGAGAAGAGAUUAUGCAUUAUUUGGUGAUGCUGUUUGUUUUGGUACGACGUUCCGGACAAACAGUUACAACAUGCUUUGUGCACCAAUUGUGGGGAUAAACAACCAUGGACAAACUACAAUUUUUGGCUGUGCACCAAUUUUGGAUGGUGCUCUUCAGAUGUUGUGGUGCGGUUGUUUAAUUUUUUUUUUGGAAGCGAUGGAAGAAAAUAGACCUACUGAUCAAGCACUAGGAAUUUUGAAAGUUGUUCAACAGGCAUUUCCAGAUUCUCACCAUAGAUUAUGUUUGUGGCAUAUAAGUCAAAACGCAGCUAAGCAUUUGAGUAAAACGUUUUCCAAAUUUAAAUCAUUUGCACUAGAUUUUAAAUCUUGCAUAUAUAAUCCGGAGACGAUUGAAGAAUUUGAACAAGACUGGAAAAAAAUGUUUGAAAAAUAUGAGCUCACAAAGAACGAGUGGUUACAAGGGAUAUAUGAUUUACGAGAAAAGUGGGCUCAAGUUUACAGCCAUUCUUAUUUUUGUGUCGGCAUAACCACAACUAAACGAAGUGAGAGCAUUAACAAGUUUCUUAAGUCCUACUUUUUCGAUGGCAAGAUUCUUCAACAACAAUUGGUUAAUCAAUACUCCAAGGCCAUGAUUGAUAGGCGUGAAACGGUAUUACAAGCGGAAUUUAAUACACAACAAACGUCGCCUGAUUUGAUAUCUCCAUGGAAUGUAGAGCGUGAAGCAUCAAAAUUUUACACCAAAAAAAUGUUAAGUAUUUUCCAAGAAGAAAUCAAGUUACUUAUUGGGUUGUUAUUGGAAGUGGAAAAACAAGAUGAAAUGAUUUGUAUCUAUAACGUGAAAGAUAUCGGGGAUGUAAGAAGGAUACGUACGCUCAUAUAUAAUACCACCAAAAAUUAA